AUGAAACUCACCUGGACAUCGCUCCGUGAAGCUUUGCAAGUGCCCAAGGACGAAGAAUCUUACUAUGACAACACGCAAUGGUGCAAUCGGGAUCUAAUCCCGCUGCCCCCGGAGAGGCGUACUUUCGGAGUCUGGUCCUAUGCAGGCUACUGGGUAGUGACUGGCUGCAAUGUAUCUGCUUGGUCGAUUGGUGCCACUCUACUGGGGUUGGGACUGAGCCCCCAACAUGCCAUCGGUGUGGUGGUGGUUGGGGGGAUCUUGGCUGGCAUCUUGGCCGUGGUUUGCGGCUGGAUCGGUGCAAAGCAUCACAUUGGGUAUACAGUUUCGUCACGCUUCUCCUGGGGUAUGUACGGCAGUUAUUUCCCUGUCAUUCUGCGCACCUUUGUCGGUUGCAUCUGGUUUGGUAUACAAGCCUUCUGGGGUGGUCAAGCAACGAGAGUUCUUUGGGGCGCCAUCAUUCCAGGAUUUGCCCAUAUGAAGAACACCUUCAGUGAGAGCUCCCACUUGGCCACGAAUGAUUUCAUUGGUUUGGUGAUUUGGAUGUUUGCCUUCGUGGCGUUGGUUAUGGUCCGUCCAGAGAAGAUGCAAAUACCUUUCUUCAUUUCCUUUGUUCUUGUCGCGGGCUCCUUCAUAGGGAUAUUGAUAUGGGCGGUUCACAAUGCGCAUGGUGCUGGGGCUAUGUUCCACACUCCCGCGACGGCUCCGAAUCUCGGUGCGGCAUGGAUGUAUGGCAUCACGGCUGUGCUAGGUGCUUGGGGCGGCGGCACAGUCGGCCAAUCUGACUGGACCCGUUAUGCCAACAAGCGUCUUGCGCCAACUACGUCACAAAUGGUCGUGGCGCCGUUCACUAUCACCGUGACGGCCCUCGUAGGCAUCAUCGUCACAAGCGCCGCCAAGGAUGUCCUCGGAAGCCUCAUAUGGAGCCCUAUCGCACUACUCGGGGAGAUUCAGGAGUUGAACCAUUCAAGCCCACGUGCGAGAGCUGGUGUGUUCUUCGCCAGUUUAGGUCUGGUCAGUUCUCAGCUCAUGGUCUCUGUGGUACUCAACUCGAUGUCAGUGGGAAUGGAUAUGUCCGGGCUUUGGCCAAGGUACAUCAAUAUCCGACGAGGAAGCUACAUCAUGGCGGCCGUUGGAAUCAUCGUGCAACCCUGGCAUUUGCUGAAUACUGCGGCCAAAUUCCUCCGAGUCAUGAGCAGCUUUGGUAUCUUCCUUGCACCGGCGACGGGAAUCCUGAUCGCAGACUACCACUUGAUCCGCCAGCGGAAGCUGAAAAUGGAUGAGCUUUACAUUGGAAAUCGCUCUUCAAUCUACUGGUAUAGUAAAGGUCUCAACUGGCGUGCAUUUGUUGCCUUUGCCUUUGGAAUGUGGCCUAUGCUACCUGGUCUUGCUGCAAGCGUGAACGGUUACACUGCCCCGUCCUGGGCUGGCUGGAUCCAGCUCUACAAUCUUACCUUCAUCAUCGGUACGGCCAUCAGUGGCGUGCUGUUUUGGGUUUUGAGCAUCAGCUUCCCGCCCCCUGGGCUGCACCAGGAGUCAGCCUUCGUGGGAGAGGCACUCCCAAUGAACGAGAACUAUCACGCGGAAGAUCAAGCCAUCGGUGUACAACAGACCAAGGAAAAGGAACCAGCUACUUUAGACGUUUCUGUCUAG